AAUAGGCAUCAUAAACAUUUGUCCAUUUUAUUAUUUAUUUCAUAUUUCACAUUUCUGGUAUAUUGUAAGAAUGUUUUUUAAAUAAGAAUGAAAAUGGUGUAACACAAGUCGCUUUUAAAAUGGCUCACUCUUUACAAGGUGUUUAUUCACCAUUACCACAAUCUUUAAGCGAUUCAGACUCCGAAAAAGAAAUAAGCAUGGAACCUAUAUGCACGAAUUAUGUAAAUAGUGGUUUGAAACAUACGAAAUUGGAACAUUCUUCUGGACAAAAUGGUCACUUGGAUUUCCAUAGUAUAGACGAUGAUGUGCUUAAGGUUAAAAGAGUAAACCCGAAGAUGUCGACUUUGCGUAAAGCAGCAUUUAUAUUUUCUAUUCUUCUUUGUUUCUUUCCAAUAAUAAUCUUUUUGUGGAUUUUGCCGUGUUCGAACUCCAAUACUUGUCCUGUCAGUAUUUCUAACUGGGAAUAUCAACAGGACAAUAUCGAAUUACGGGGGAAAAUCAACUUAGUCCACGGGGCAUUUCAAAACAGCCUAAACCUAGCAAUGAUGUAUAAAGGUAGUUUCAAUUCUCAAAAAAUGUUGAAACACGGGGUCAUAUCUUUUAUGGGAAGUAAUGGAGCUAUAGCUUGGGAUUUCCAGCAAGGAAAUUGUCCUAUAGACAUGAACUGUUCCAUAAUAGACGUAGAUGGAAAUGGAUUUAAUGAUUGUUUGGUAACCGAUGAAAAAGGGCUAAAAGUAAUUGAAACUGUUUCGGGGGAAGCAGUUUGGCAUGCAAACAGUGAUCAAGAAAAAUCAAUUCCUAAAUUAGAUAUGCCGGUCAAAGUAGACGACUUCGAUAAUGAUGGGACUAAUGAGUUGUUAUCAAUUUAUAAAAAGAAAAGUUUUCUUUUAAUAUCGGGGAAAACUGGUAGAGCUCUUUCUAAUAUAAAAUUAUCUCGUUCAUGUACUUAUAUAAGCAAUCUAACUUUAGUUAGUUCUGCAAUAAGAUAUGGCUGUGAAAUUGAACAACAACCGAGCAAAAUAUUUGAGAUCUCUUUUAGCGAUCUUAAAAAUAAAUAUCAUAAUGCCAAUGAACAACUUAGUCCAAAGGAAGUGACGGAGGCAACACAAGUUAUUUAUGAAACAGGUAACCAUAAGUUGACAAUAGAGAAUUACGGUAGUUGUCCACAUUGCCAAAGCACUAUAUCCUUGUAUGGUUCAAAUAACACAAAACUAAAUGUAUCGAUAUACGCAAAUGCGUAUGUCAUGGCUCCACUUCCUUAUUCUUUCCAGUCAACUGAAGACAACAUGGUCUCCUUGAAGGGUCAUAUUCACGGGUUUAUAUUGAAGAUUUGGCAGUGGAGAAACCACUUUAAAAAAUUACCACCAACAGCCAGAAUAUUUAAGAGAAGUUUACCGAUAUACAACAAGACGUAUUACUUAAACGAAAUUUCUGAAAUAGUUGUCUUGAUUACUUUUAAUGAGACUGAUAGGCAUAUUAUUAACGCGAGCUUAACGGACAGAUAUCAAAUUUGUAUGGAACCAGACGAUUUAAACUCUUGCGAACCUGACCACGAAGAUGAACGCGACUCACUUUUAAUUGCAGACAUGGACCACGAUAAUUCUCUAGAACUAAUAAGCUAUUCGAGCUCCUACAUUAAAAGGCCGGACGAGGGCAGCGACAAUUGGCAUCUGGUAUCGUUUGUAAAAGUUUUAAGGUUGGAAAAUGAGUUACGGAAACUUUAUGAAUAAUUAAUCUAGUGAAAUAAUCCUUGCCAGUUAUAAUUCUUGCCUAUUUACGUGAGUAAUCCAAUCUUUCACUAUAGUACUGUAUUUUUUUAUGAGGUUAAUGGUGAGUGGUAUAAAAUUAAAUCAAUAUUACCUUGUUUCAACUUUAGUACUGAUCACUGAAUCUCGAAUCGUUCUGUGCGAUAAUAUCAUGUAUAAUGAAACGGAAGUGUAGGUUUUAAGACUCAUAAAAUCUAUUUUAGUUGAAAUUUGUAACACUAGUAUAUAAAUAACUACGGAGUAUACAGUAAAUGUAAUAAAAACUAGCGUCUUCGUUUCUAUAAUAAAUAACUUUGGUUGUUACUAGUUUAAUAUUGAAUUGUCCCGUUUGAAUCGCACAUUUACGAAUGUUUCUCACAUAAAUUAUCAUUAAAGUAAUUGAAACACGAAUAUUUCUAUACAGAAAGAUAAACUUUUUUCUGUUAUUUACAUUUUAAUAUCUUACUCUUGCCAAUUAGCCGUAAUGUUUUAGAUUUUCCAUUUGUACAAAUAUAAUACAGAACUUUUGUAAAUCAUUACAAGCCACUUAAUUUUCUUUGGAACAGUAAUAUUUGGCAGUUAAAUUUCGAUGAAAUUAAAAAUUAUUAAAACAGUAAGAAACACGGCUGAUGAUUGGAGUAAUUUUUCAUGACGAUUCAUUCAACAAGCAGCGAUCGCAUUAUCUCGGGCGUAAGCGCAACGUUUUGUCAUUGUUCAUUGUAAACGAAUCAUUAAUAUUGGUGACGCUACGAUUUAGUUGACAGUACCAGUCGUGCAUUGUUGGGUUGCCUAGGCUCAGCGUUUACAUGGCUUGUAAUCAUUUACGAAGGCUCCGUCUUUCUUUUAAUAUACGUUAGGGAGAAAUAGGUUUUACAUUAUGUGGAGGAUUUCUAUGCUCGUUUAACUUUAGUGAUCUUAGCAUACUUUUUGUAUUUCCUUUAUCUCAGAAAAAGAAGUUAUAGAAACAAAUUUCUUACUAUUCAACCAUUCAAAUAUUCAACUAUUAUAUACACAUGACCAAGAGGCAGCAAUUGUGCAAAAUUAUAUUUUAUAAAGCACUAGCUGCACUCCCAACAUUAUAUAUGCACUAAACUCUGUUAUCUAGAUCUAAUCUAUCUAAAUCUUCAGUUAUGUAGUUAUUUUUGGGAAUUAGAUCAAUUUUUUUAUUAAUGUAGGGAUGUUUUUUUAUUGUAUCGUAAUUAUUUCGUAAAACAUAAAAAUAGUAAUUAUAUGACUGUUAUCCAUUUCUAAUUAAAUAGAUAUUUAAACAAAUAUGCUUCUAUCAACAGUAGAAACAAGUGAUACAAUUUUAAUGGUUUUCAUUUAAAGCCCUAUACUUGUUCCUAUUUUUAAACUUUUUUUCGGUAAUUGGGUGGUUACGUAUUCAUACAUGUGAUAUGUGUCAAAUAUAUUUAAUGUACUGUUACUUACUCUUCUUUCAAUUGUUUCUAACGCUAAAUUUAUUCUAGCAUUUUUCAUGUCAUUUUUCUGAGAACAAGUAUUAUUGUAAAUUUAUAAACAGUUAAGACGAACUUAUUUUUCUAGUUAUAAAGUGGUAUUUGUCACGUUUUUCUCUCUUAUAUGUAAUAUUCUGAAUAUUUUUCAUAAAUGUGAUAAAAGUUCUA